UAUGACAAGCUUACUCGGAUAAUGAAGGACUUUGAACCAUUCAGGAGCUUGUGGACCUCCGUUUCGGAAUGGCUAAAGACACAGGAAAUGGUCAUGAACGAUCCGCUCAACUCGGUGGAUGCUGAGCAUGUCGAGCGGAUGGUCAGUGACUGUUAUCGAGUGAUGCACAAAUCAGUCAAGCACUUCGCAGAGUUGACUGGUGUCUCUGAUGUAUGCAACCAGAUAAAAAUGGCUAUCGAAGAAUUCAAGCCCUUCAUACCUCUGAUACAGGGCCUUCGAAACCCCGGAAUGCGAAGCCGACAUUGGGAGCUGCUCUCUCAAGAAUUGGGGAUCAAUUUGGUACCAAAGGCUACGCUUACCUUUGCCAAAUGUCUGGAGAUGCAGUUACAGGUAAGUAAAACACAUUACCCUUUGCGAAGUGUAUCAUUAUAUGGCGGAAUUAUGCUUUGUAAAUUUGGCUCUUUUUUACUGACGUGGCUGCACUUACAGACACUUUACAAGAGAGUCAUUCCAAGAUAUACUUACGUUAUUGUAGCAUGA